AUGCCCAAGACCGUUGACGAACCCGAAGACCGCUCGCGCACUGUCCGGUUCCCCUCGCUCCAGAUCGACGCACAAGACCAUGCCAUCUCCCCGACCUCGCCCACGGGGACCCUCCCCUUCGCCAUGCCUCGCGACACAAUCGGUGCCCCCCUGACGCGUGCCUCCACCGACCAGACCAUCUCUCCGAUGCGUCGCCGAGCCGGCACCUUCAAGCCAGUCGAGGACUAUGGCGACUUUGAGGUGUCCCGCCCCGGCUGGCAGCCCGGUUCCGAGCCCGGUUUCGACCCUAACAAGUCGGACGGAGGCCACGCCUCUAUGCCCGCCCUCCGCGCCGACUGCGACAUAUCUGUCUUCGACUUCAGCCAACAGAGGAUGGUGCAGCACAAGUUCGGCAACGAGGGCUUCGUCGACUUCUUGCGGAAGCCCCAGGAGCCCUGGGUCCAGAGCCGCUGGAUCAAUAUCAAUGGCCUCAGCUGGGACGUCAUCCAGGCCUGCGGGCAGUACUACAAGCUGCAUAAGCUCUCCAUCGAGGACGUGAUGAACACGAGGAAUCGCACAAAGGCCGACUGGUACGCCAACCAUGCCUUCAUCGUCCUGACCCUGCAGAAGCUCGUGCUCCUCCUCGACGACGACAGCAGCAGCAGCAGUAGCAGUAGCGACGAUGAUUCGGACGACGAUUACAGUGUCAAGACCAGCAAAUCCACCAAGGGCAUGAAGAAGCUGAAGCGCGCCUUGACAUUGGGCGGCACGCCACGGCCGCGGGCGGACCCCGAGACCGGCAGACCGCCCGUCGUCAGGCCCACCGUUACGCCCCAGGGCACCGGCUACGGGCACCGGCUGAACCACCAUACCAGCAACUUAUCCCAGCUGCCCGAGACGGCCUUCGCCCGCACCCUCCAGCGCUACCACGCCUCGGCCAAUGAGGUCCGCACCGAGUACAUGGAGACACAUUCGUCCCUCAUCUCCCGCGGUCUGGCCGUCUCGGCCGAGCAGGUCGCCAUCUUUCUCACCUCGGACAACACCGUCAUCUCCUUCUUCGAGAUGUCCGCCGAGGACAUUGAGCGCCCCAUCACCGUCCGCCUGGGCGACCCCUCCACCAUCCUGCGGCAGUCGUGCGACGCCUCGCUCGUCGUACAGGCCAUCAUCGACGCCAUCAUCGACCUCGCCAUCCCGCUGACGGCCGUCUACAGCGACGUCAUCGGCGACCUCGAGCUCGACGUCCUCACCUCCCCGAGCAUCAAGCAGACCCGCAGCCUGUACAUCUGCGUCAGCGAGAUCAACAAGAUGCUCACCUUCCUCAACCCUAUCGACAACCUCGUCAACGUCCUUCGCGACCACCGCACCGAGCUGACCCAGGACGAGGCCGCCCGCCAGCUGCGGAACCCGGCCAGCGGCGUCAUCGUCACCCCCCUCACCCACACCUACCUCGGCGACGUCCUCGACCAUUGCGUCAUCAUCACCGAGAGCAUGCAGCAGAUCAAGCGCUCCGCCGACAACCUCAUCGACCUCAUCUUCAACACCAUCUCUGCCAACCAGAACGAGAGCAUGAAGCAGCUGACCAUCAUCACCAUCAUCUUUCUGCCCCUGACCUUCUUGACCGGCUACUUUGGCCAGAAUUUUACCAAAUUCCCCGACAUUGACAACCCCAUGGGUAUCCAGUUUUUGUGA